AUGCCUCCAAUUGCACAAAGAACUCUGCUUGAGAAGGGGUGGUCAUUCAAGAAAGUGACAGAUGGCCAUGAUGCAUGGAAGCCUGUGGCCAGAGUGCCCUCGGUUGCCCAUAUCGACUUGAUUGACAACGGAAUCAUUCCUGACCCAUUUCUCAAUAUGAAUGAGCUCGAAGUUGAGUGGGUUGGGGAGACGGCUUGGACUUACCGCACUACUUUUGACUCGCCGUCUGCCAACAGUAGAUCAGUGUAUCUUGUCUUCGAGGGUCUUGAUACCUUUGCUCAAGUCAAGCUCAACGAUGUCAUAAUACUCGAGAGCGACAACAUGUUCCUCAGCCAUCGCGUUGAUGUUACUAACAAGCUUUCGAAUGAGGGGCCCAACGUGUUGAGCAUCGACUUCGACAGUGCACUACUAAAGGCCCGAGAGAUUAAAGAGCAAUAUCCUGAUCAUCGAUGGGAACUCUUCAAUGGAGAGGCCGGACGCUUGGUUGUGAGAAAGGCUCAAUACCACUGGGGAUGGGACUGGGGUCCAGUGCUCAACACCGCCGGUCCAUGGAAACCAGUCUGGCUUGAAGUGUCAUCUGCUCACAUCAAUGACUUCCUCCUCAAAUACACUGUCUCUACAGAUCUCGAAAAGAUCCAGGGCACGGUAGAAGUCGACAUUGAGGGGCUGUAUGACACGGCAAAUGUCUCCAUCAACUUUCAAGACGACGCCGUUUACACUACGACAGCUGCCAAGUCUUCUGACGGCCGUCUGGUUGUCCCUUUUGCUAUAGAUCAACCCAAGCUGUGGUACCCUGCUGGAUACGGCCAUCAGCCUCAGUACAGCGUGAGCGUCAGUAUUGUCAAAGACAGCCAGAAGCUUGAUGCAAAGACCAAGAAGACUGGUUUCCGGCGAAGUGAGCUUGUUCAAAAAGGCGACUCUCAUGGAAAAUCGUUCUUCUUCAGGAUUAACAAUAUUGACAUAUUCUGCGGCGGCUCGUGCUGGAUCCCCGCCGACAACCUCCUACCUCGAAUCACUCCCGCCAAAUACCGAGAUUGGUUGAAGCUUAUGAUAGAAGGCAAUCAGAUCAUGACGAGAGUUUGGGGCGGUGGCAUCUACGAAGAUGAUGCUUUCUAUGACUGUUGUGAUGAGAUGGGCAUCCUUGUUUGGCAGGACUUCAUGUUUGGGUGCGGUAACUAUCCUGUAGGGCCAUCACUCAUAAAGUCGAUUCGCGAGGAGGCAGUGCAGAACGUUGGCCGACUGCAUCACCACCCUUCUAUCGUCAUCUACGCCGGCAAUAACGAGGAUUACCAGGUGCAGGAGCAAGCAGGUCUCGAGUACAAUCCAGACGACAAGGACCCUUCCUCUUGGCUCAAGUCCUCUUUUCCUGCUCGGUACUACUACGAGUAUCUUUUACCGGAGGUGGUCAAUGAGGUAUCUCCAGGGAUGAUCUACUGGCCUGGAUCACCAUUUUCCGGAGGUAAAGACACUGCAGACAAGACUACUGGAGAUCUCCACCAAUGGAAUGUUUGGCAUGGUACACAGGAGAAAUAUCAGGUCUUUGACAGGUUGGGUGGCAGAUUCAACAGCGAGUUCGGCAUGGAAGCUUUCCCAGCCUUGUCAACGAUCAAGCACUGCAUCACAGAAGAUUGCGAUCGUUUCCCACAGUCUCAGAUGAUGGACUUCCACAACAAGGCCGACGGCCACGAACGACGGAUCGCUACUUACGUAGUGGAGAACUUUCGUCCUCUACCAGAUCUAGAGUCUCACAUAUACUUGACGCAAGUUUGCCAGAGCGAAGCCAUGACUUUUGCGUACCGCAGCUGGCGUCGCCAAUGGGGAGAUGAUCGUCGAUGUGGCGGUGUUCUCGUCUGGCAGAUGAACGAUUGCUGGCCUGCCAUCUCAUGGUCCAUCGUCGAUUACUUCCUCACUAAGAAGCCAGCUUACUAUUCUAUUCGUCGAGCACUCAAGCCCAUCGCUGCCGGAGUCCAACGACAACACCACGACUGGAGUGUAGUGCAUGCCAGGCCAGCGAAGACUUCUUCAUUUGAAGUUUGGGUUGCGAGCAGCAAGCAGCAGGAGGUAACUGUCACUGUUGAGAUUCGCUUCAUUUCUAUCAAGACUGGCAGGGAUAUCAGGGAUAAAAUUGUCAAGGCCAAUACUGUCCUGGUCCCGAAUGGUACGACUGAUAUCCUCACUGGGCAGAUUGACAAUGCAAAGGAUGAGCCGCAUGUUAUAUCGGUCAGUGUCCUGCAGUCUGGCGUUUGUGUUUCCCAAGACGUCGAUUGGCCUCAACCUCUCAAGUAUCUGGACUUCUCCGAUAGAGGUGUUGAGAUUCAGGUCGGGCCAGAUGGUUAUCAGCUCACGGCUAACAAGCCCACCAAAGGCUUGGUCUUUGAGGAGCUACCAGGCGUCUCUUUGGAAGACAACUGUAUCGAUCUCAUGCCCGGCGAAGUUGUUACUGUAAAGGCUAGGGGAAGUGAGACGUUAUCUGGAGUCCCAAAAUACAGAUACCUUUAAAAAGAGAGAUAGAAGGAGAGCCAAAACAAAAAUUUAAAUUAUAAUAUUAGUAGGUACUAAUAUAGAUACAGCAGCUUAUCUUGAAUUAUAUAUAAAUUUAAAUUA